GAAGGAAGAGACGCAGGCAGGCUGUGGUGAGCCAAGCGGCCGCCCCUGCCUCAGGGACCCCUUCCCGGAGACACGGCACCAUGACCCAAGGAAAGAUCUCCGUGGCUAACAAGGCCCCCGGGACAGAGGGGCAGCAGCAGGCCAAUGGUGAGAAGAAGGAGACUCCAGCAGUGCCCUCAGCCCCGCCCUCCUAUGAAGAGGCCACCUCUGGGGAGGGACUGAAGGCAGGGGCCUUCCCCCCAGCCCCUUCGGCUGUGCCUCUCCACCCCAGCUGGGCCUAUGUGGACCCUAGCAGCUCCAGUUAUGAGAAUGGUUUCCCGGCUGGAGACCAUGAGCUCUUCACCACCUUCAGUUGGGACGACCAGAAAGUUCGCCGAGUCUUCAUCAGAAAGGUCUAUACAAUCCUGCUGAUCCAGCUGCUGGUGACCUUGGGUGUCGUGGCUCUUUUUACCUUCUGUGACCCCGUUAAGGACUAUGUUCAGGCCCACCCAGGAUGGUACUGGGCAUCCUACGCUGUAUUCUUUGCGACCUAUCUGACCCUGGCCUGCUGUUCUGGACCUAGGAGGCAUUUCCCCUGGAACCUGAUUCUCCUGACCAUCUUCACCCUGUCCAUGGCCUACCUCACUGGGAUGUUGUCCAGCUACUACAACACCACGUCCGUCCUUCUGUGCCUGGGCAUCACGGCUCUUGUCUGCCUCUCCGUCACCGUCUUCAGCUUCCAGACGAAGUUUGACUUCACCUCCUGCCAGGGUGUGAUCUUCGUGCUGCUCAUGACUCUUUUCUUCAGUGGACUCAUCCUGGCCAUCCUCCUGCCCUUCCAAUAUGUGCCCUGGCUCCAUGCAGUGUAUGCCGUGCUGGGAGCGGGCGUGUUUACGUUGAUGAGAAAACUGGACCACAAAGAAGUUGAAUGACUGGCAAGAUAAGGGCAUAUCAACUAACCGUGGCCUUGGUCAAGACUAGGUUGACCAAUUUAUCUCAGUUUACCUGGAACUUUCCCAGUCUGAGCACUGAAAGUCCCACUUCUUGAGGGAACCCCUAAAUCCUGGGCAAAUCGGGAAGGUUGGUCACCACACUGCACUAACUUCUCUUGGCUCCUGCUCCAAAGCUCUCUCCUGCAGGCAGUACCUACUUAAAACAAAUUUCAGUGAAGAGGAUGGAUGGGGAAUAGGGCCAGGAGGAAAGAAAGAGGCAGGGUCACCGGGGGGUGGGGCGGUGGGGUGGAGCGAGCCUGGGAGGCUUCGGAGGGCAGCUUCUGCCAGGGACAAAUGGAAGAAGAGGGGUCGAUAUGCAGGGCAGAGUGGGAGGCAGAUGAGCAUCAGUGGGGGGUUGGGGAGGUUACUUGGCUUCAUGUGGAUCAGGUCACAGCUAGUAUGUCAGCGUAGCGGGAAGGCUGUACAUACAAAUAGGGCUGGAUGAACAGUAAUCUCUAAAAUUUGUUGAAUAAUCCCCUGUGAUAUUAGAAUAAUAAAAAUA